UCCUCGCUCCUCUUGGUCCUGUCCAACUCGAAACCCUAACACCAAAAAAUCCUCCAAAAUCCAUUCCGCCGCCGCAGCCCGCAGGCACACACGACGAUGGCGGCGGAGCUGGGCGAGAUUGAGGAGCUCGUCGAGGAGAUCCUCAUCCGCCUCCCUAAGGACGAGCCUGGUAAUCUCCUCCGCUCCUCCCUCGCCUACAAGCCAUGGCGCGACCUCCUCGCCAGCCACGCCUUCCGUCGCCACCACGGCGACUUCCACCGAACACCUCCCAUGCCUAGCUUCCUCCGCGACUGGCCGGAACUCAGCAUCGAGUUCUUCCCCACCACGGAUUUCCUGGCGCGCGGUCCCGACCCCCAGCACCAAUAUGCCGUGGAAGAUUGUCGCCACGGCCGUGUCCUCCUUCGGUACUUCGAUGAGGAUGAGGAUAUGCCAUUGCUGGUCAUCUGGGACCCCAUGACGGGCAGCGAAACAGUGCUUGGCAGCCUCGAAAUGUCGGAAAAGGCAAGGUCGUUUGCCUCAGUGAUCUGUGCUGCGGACAGCUGCCGCCACGGUGACUGCCAUUCCGGUCCAUUCCGCGUCGUUUUCGUAAUCCUUCACCAGGAAGAGGAGGUCGCUACGGCGUCCGUGUACUCAUCGGAGACGGCUAGUUGGAGCUCUUCGGCGGUCACCGAUGUUGGUACGUUUGAGGAUGAAGUCUAUUUCUCCAUGCCUAGUGUCCUCGCAGGAGACGCGCUCUAUUUCCUCCUUUUCCGGGGCCAGGAUGUUGAAGGUUGCAGUAUUCUCAAGUACGACUUGGGAACCUCCUGUCUGUCGGAGAUUCAUCUGUCGGAGGAGAUGCAGGAUGCCAGCGACAAUCCUAUCCUGAUGGUGGGGGAAGACGGUAGGCUGGGAAUCGCACACCUGUUCUUUUUCUUCCUCUCCGUCUGGUCGAGGGAGGUGGAUCCCGGUGGAGUUGUGUCGUGGACACAACGGAGAGACAUCAACCUCGAGACUCUUCUUCCCACUAGUGAUUUCACAUAAUCACCAGAGUUGGUUGGCUCCGUUGAGGGUACUGAUAUCAUUUUUUAACCACAAAUCUCGGCACCUAUGAAAUUGAUCUCAAGUCACUGAAUCACCUUUGAAGAUGCUCUCGAGCAAGCUGUGCCUACAUCCUAAUAUCAAAUGGACCCUCUUUCCCUACGUUAGCUUCUACUAUCCUCCAGCGGCGGCUGGUGUUGUCGUUGAAGCAUCAAGUGAUGAUGAUGGACAUGGCAAUGAGGAAGCAGAAGUCUCAAGCAUUGAAGAAGUUUAGAUUGCUGUUUUGGUGUUGGUGGCUUUCGUUUGGUUUCCUGUUGGAUGGAUGAUGGGAUAGUGGUGUGAGUUUGAUGGCUGAUGGAAGAGUUUGUGUUAUGUCUUGUUAAUUAACUGUCUCUAUUUUUUAUAGCCAUGCUAUGGAUGUUUUUGUUUUUCAAAGUUCAAACCCUGAUUCCAUUUAAGCAGGGGAAAGUUGUCUUUUGUGUAAAAAAAUGCUGAAAGUUGUAUGCAUAAUUACACAGAAAGUUUUUUAAUUUUCCUCUACAGAAAGUUUUAUAUUUAAAUAGUGCCAGCAGCUGCAUCGCCUGUUGUGCGUG